CCAGUGUUGAACAGCAGGGCCUCGCUUUAGUGCUGAAAAGCACCUCAAUCCUGUUUUUGAUUUCCGAUUUUAACAUUCGAAAUUGUUUUUCCUCAAUUUUCCACAAAUAAAAAAUAUCGUCAGAAAUGAAGAACACGCCAAAGAAGAAGGAGAUGUCCCUGCGUUUGAGGGAGUCACGUCGGGAGGAGCAGAAACCGGAGACAAGCCACCAACAGCCGGACGACGACGCAGAUUCCGAUCUGCCCAUUCGGGGUCGUCCAUCGAAGAAACUGCUGCUCCAGCAGCAACAGCAGCGACAUUACCAAGUAAAGUUGGAACCGGAGAUAAAGGCAGUCACGGCUGGAGCCACCGGGACGGCUUCGACCUCUGCUAUGACAGCCGUAAUGGCCGGAAGUGGAGGACGCAUCAAGGCCAGGAGAAUGCUUUACAAGAAGAGCGCGGGCAGCGGUGGAGCAGUCCAGAAGGCUCCUGGCGAGUCCUAUGUUAUGCGUCUGUUUGAACGGAGUUUGGACCUUUCCAAGUACAAGGAUGGCACUCCGUUGUACCCCAUUUGCCGCGCCUGGAUGGCAAAUCAGCCCAGGAAUCCCGCCGUGGCCGCCUUUCAAACUGAUGGAUCUUUGGCCGCAGCCAAACGCGAGGACAAUGGCGAGGAAAUCCUCUCCAGACUGCGCAGUGGCGAGCAAAAAGUGCUCACCCAGUUGCCGCAGCCAAAGCCCACAGAUUUGCCCAUCAUCCCGCCACGUCUGGAGUUCGGUCAGGAGGACAGGCAACGGGAGAAGGCUCUUGAGGGAGCCAGUGCCUUCGAUUUGCUGGCCUCCAAUGUGGCCCGCUGGAAAAAGGUGCGCGGCCAUUGGCUAAAGCAUGCCCAGAAGUACGAGCAAGAGCGGUAUGAGGUUAUUGACCAGAUUAUGGACGUGGUAUGCAAGAACUGAGAAGACAGAACGGGAAUCGGGAAUCAUUAAUAAAGAGGGAACGGAAAAUGACCAGGACCGAAUAUCACAAAGGAAUCUAGGAUCAAUAUAGAGGUUGAUCCUGUCACCAUUGACUUGAAUAAAUGUUUAUUACGUAUAAAAUGACUUUAAAUUUUAUAUGUUUAAUAAAAUUUUAUUUUCAAAAUAGA